AUCCACACUUUGCUCUUUAGGACACGCCCCUUUCUCUCCCUCUUUCUCCGAAGCCUUGCCUCAAUCGCUUCUCUCAGGCUCAACGCGUCGAUUGCCGAACAAGGUGCCUUUUCGAUGAGGCUCUUCUUGAGGGAAGGAAGCAGCAAGCGGGAGGAGUUGACCCACUUUAAACAAUAUUUACAAACAUAAUGGCUCCAGAAACUCAAGUAGUUAAAAGCAAAAGACAGUGUGAAGAUAAUGAGAAUGAAGAAGAGCCCCAGAAGAUUAAAAGGAAGAGGAAGUUUGCUGAGAAUGAGAAAGAGGCAAAGAAACCUCAUUUGUCUGAUGCAUUGUUUGGGGGAGAGUGCAAAAUCAGCUAUGACCAACUGUAUGAAUUCCUCAAAUAUGCUGCGUUAGGAAAACAACACGGAGCAACACAGUCCAGUUGGUGCCGAAUUCAUCAUCGCAGGCGUCUGUCUGGUGUGUCAGUCGUGGUUUUACGCGAAGUGAGUCAGCUCCAUUUCUAUCUGUUCUACUUACAGUUCAAGUUUCUGAGGAGGAUGUUCAGACAUCAUUUUUCGCUACCACCUGCAUCAGGUGAUUUUAUGGAAAGACUUUGUGGAGCAGGUAUAAAGAACCAUCGGCAAAUCAGCAGCCUAGAGUUGGAGAAAGAUCCUGUGAUUCAGAAAUAUGGAAAUGAAUGCCGUGGGCUCUCCAAUUACAUUUUAACACCGAAGGAGAUGCGUCUUCAUAAUUACCCCAUAGAAGGGCACGAUGACUGUGUCUGUUUCGUUCGCACUCCCUGCAAGGGUCCUGUAACAGACAGCAGCCCCCUCUUCGGACUGGACUGCGAAAUGUGUCUCACUGAAAAGGGGUCCGAACUCACGCGAAUCUCAGUGGUGGAUGCCAGUGGCCAGUGCAUUUUGGAUGAACUCGUCAAACCCAAAUUACCAAUAAUAAAUUAUCUCACCAGCUACUCUGGCAUCACCGAGAAGCUGCUUCUCCCAGUCGUGACGACCCUCUCUGACAUCCAGAACCAAUUAAAGAAUCUGCUCCCUGCUGAUGCGGUUUUAGUGGGCCACUCCUUGAAUUUUGACCUCCGAGCCCUAGAAAUGGUGCAUCCAAAUGUUAUAGACACCUCUGUUCUUUUUGCCAGGAAACGGAACAAAAAGUUCAAGCUCAAAUUCUUAGCAGAAGCUGUUUUAGGGAAAGACAUUCAACGCAUGGAUGGAACAGGCCAUGAUCCAACAGAAGAUGCUCUGUGUGCGCUGGAAUUGGCCCAGUAUUUCAUUAAUCAGGGACCCAGAAAGGUAGCCGAGAUGAACCUGGAAGCCCAGUUGCUUGAGACAAGGAAGAUAGGAGAGAAGCUGAGCUGUGCCUUGCCAAACCCCCAAAAUGGGGCCCAGAAACCCACCCAAAGCCUUCUUGACAUUUUGCAUUCUGUUGGUCAGAAAACAUUGCUUCUUGGAGGAUGGGCUGAAGCAGCUUCCAACAACGGUCAGACUCAAACAGGGCCUCAAAAUAAACAAAUUCUCCAGAGAGCCCUGGAAGAGGUUCCCACAUCCUCCUUCAGUGUGAUUCAGUUUGGUCUGGGUUCAAGGCAGGAUACAUCUGACCUCGUUGCAAAAAUGCGGACCAAGCUGGCCAACCUGCUGACAAUCUAUGCAGGCCCAUUUGGUAAAGACAUAUGUCUGAAGCCUUUGAAGAAAAUCUUUAAGAAGUACGGCCACAUUCAGUCAAUAAGGAUCGUUCCAGACACAUCGGAGCCACAUAUCUGUAUCCAGUAUGAAGUCCAAGAAGCUGCUCAGCUUGCUGUGGAGAGACUAAAUGGGGAAGAAAUUGGUGGCUCUCUAGUCAAGGUUCAGAGACCCAUCACAGAGAGCACCUUGGAUUGUGAGAUGCUUCUGAAAGAGCUGGAAAAAGAUUCCGACAAUGAAGGUGUCAUUUACUUGGCAGGACUGAGGAAGACUCAGCGGGAGGCAGAUCUGCAGCAAGAGUUGGGAUAUUUGAAAGACUUAGCUUCUGUUUUUCUGCCAAGGGAUCCCAGGACAGGCAGAAGUCGAAAUUACUGUUUUCUGAAAUUCAAGACGCCACAAAGUGCUGCCAAUGCGCUAACAGCCAUAGAGGAGCACGGGGCCCAAGGCAGUGACCUCCGGGGCCGGUGGGCCCUGACCCCUCCCCACUUGCAUCAGUGGGCAUCGAAGAUCAGUGCAGAGGGCAGCCAGUUGGCAGAACCAUCGUCACACCCUGAGGCUUGUCUGCAGGAAGUGGAGCCGCCCUUUGCCCUGGAGCAAGAAGUUCAAAAACAAAUGAAAGCAUUGGAUCGCAAAAUCAAAAAGUUUUUCCAGCACUUGCCAAAUCACACACUCUGCAUCGUUCUAUUGCCGGGCUCAAACAGGCCUUCUGAAUCUCACCCGGGCUUUGCCCUGCUGGGCAUCAAAGAAGAAAAUCCACUUCUUAGCUCUUGUGCCUGGUGCUGACACUUGGAAAAACAUGGCAAGUUUUGUGAAACCCUAUCAUGUUUCAAAUAUUUUUAAUUAUAUGAAGAUAUUAAACCAUUUAAAAAUAUCAAUCCAGUGGUCAACCCCGUAAAGGAUUCUUUCCUAAGUGUGUUUAGAGCCAAAUACUGUUGGGAAGUUUUGAAAGGGGUCAAAACCACAACAUUCUCCAUUCUUUUUAAAACUGACCAACAUGUUGUGUUCAGCAGCAUUCAGGUACAUUUAGCAGUUUGGUAGAUAGAACACCAGUUGAGGACUGACUCCCUUGUAUCCAAUGAUAUCACAAGCUCUUCCUGCCGAAAUCCCUUGAAUGACAUAGUUAUCUAAGGAUUCUGCAAGAUAAAAUUCAGUAAUAAUAAUAAUACUUUAUUUAUAUCCCGUCCUAUCUCCCUGAGGUGACUCAGAGCGGCUGAGGACCAAAUAUCCUCACAGUAAAAAAAAAAAGGCUCCAGUGAAUUCAACAAAAUUGAAGGCAAGGAUUUUUCACACCCAUUGGUCAUACCAAUGAAAGACAAGAGAGGUUUUUGUAAGAACUGCUUAACAAAUUGCCUCUGAGAAUGGUGGAUUCCUAUCUUUUGAAGUCUUUAAGUAGAAUAGGGUUGGACUAAAUGACGCUUGUCAUGCCUUCCAUUCUGUGAUUCUGGGUCUCAGUUCAAAAUAAGAAGGACCUAAAUCCAGCUUCCCAUUCAGCCAUGAAACUAGAUGUGAUAUGAAGUUGGCCUGACAUUACACCUGGAGUAAUGCAUUCCCAUCAAGGCAACCAUUUUCUUCCACAAUUCAAGGAAGAUCCCUGCUUCUUUCUUAUUGCUCCACAAAUUCCACAAGUGUUAUUUAUUUCCCAAAGUCUGAGGUUUUAGAAGUGGAGGAGCAGCAGGGCAAAGGGAAGGCUAUAUCAUACCAAAGAAAAGAACAACUGUUGUGCAUUUGGAAGAAGAGUUGCUCAACCAGGCUCCCUGUCUGGUCACAGCCCGAGGCGCACCCAGCCCUGGACAUGUGCAAAGGCGGCAGCCAAAAGAGCGAGACGGAAAGAGAUACGCUCCAAGGCUAAGUUGGCAUGCCCCCCCCCCCCCCCCCCGGCCUCAAUUAGGCUUUUGUUUUGGACAACGUUGAAGACAUUAAUCUUGUUUAUAAAAGAAACUGGGACGGAUGGCAACGGCAAGCUCUGGAAGCUGAAUUUAUGUAUUAAGAAAUGGAAGCCACAGACUAAUAUGAAGUGAAUGCAACAAAAUGUGUGGUGCUGUUUCCUUUUCUCUCUUUUUAACGUAGAUGCUUUGGCAGGGCAGGCUGAGCUAAUUUCCCCCUUAAGGACAUUCUCUUCAGGGCAUCUGAAAAAGUGGAUUGCUAUCCAGGAAAGCUUACGCCAACAUAGAUCAGUUAAGUUGUAAUGGUACUGCUAGAUUCCUCUCCCCACAACCACCUCUUUUUGCUGUUUUUUUCUUCUCUCUCUUCAAGGAAGAUACUUAUGUAAAAGUUGGCCAUCACAUAUACAAUGACUUGCCACAAGGAAGCUUGUCACAACCUAUUGGAAUUGGGACAUUUAAGAUGGCACUUUGGACCAAGCUAUGUUGGCACUCAAACAGUGUCCCAAAUGCAUUUAUAGGUUCUGAGUUGACUUACUGAAUCAAUGGUAAAUACAUAUUGUAUAAAUCAAGGGCAAGUUUGGGAGCCAAAAUUAUGGUUUUGUAUACAAUCUGUGGAUAAACUGGAUUCUGUGAAGUUUGCAA